AGGUAACUCUCAUGAAUCAGUGUUUGUUACAACAUGAUAUGCAUUUCUAUUCAAGAGACAUGUAAGAUAUAUCCAGGUACCUACGAAGUACUUACACAAAACCAGCAUACCUAGUCGCUAAUCCCAUCAAGCACCACCCCGCAACUCGGCCACCAAACGAAAUUGCUCGAGCCUCAUUCAAUCCUUGAAAUGCAUCGUACCUUCUUUCUCUCCUCUCUAGCCUCAAUCGACAUCCAAUCAUUGACUUGCACAGACAUCUCGAAAUAUUCGUGUAAGAUUUCAAUUCCAAAAAGUAAGGGUCCUUUUGAGUACCUGCCUGGAUGGAUGUCACCAUAAGCUUCGUUUCAUUUCAUAAAAAACGAAAUUCCUCAACCAUCAUAUUAGGGACCUCUGUACGAGAUCUGAACUAGGGCUGAAAGAGCAUUCUUCCUUAGAUCCUUACUUGAAUGAAUUGGGUUUGUACUCGUUAACUAUUCAUAUAUAAUGCUGAGGAUGACCUGUAUUAAUCUUUUGUCUGGGAUCUGUUCUGAUUGAGGUUUCUUUUCUGUGUUACAUAGGUACUAUUUACCACAUACUUUUACUUCCUUUGCUUUCCUACUUCCUACUUCUCAUAUUCACUGAGUUUUUGUCUAUUCCAACAUUCUCUCCAUCUCCUUCAGUUCGGAGUUCAGCCUGUCUAUUUGCUCUCUUCUUCGACUACUUUAUAUCCUUAGAGGUUACUGCUAGAUCAACACAAGCAUCUCCAAACACCCAGUCACUGUACUCAACCAGGACAACUUCGGUCCACCUAACUCCUGUCUUUUUGACCAAAAACACAGUACGAGUCACAUCUCAACCCAAACCACUGCAGUCAACAACCACAUCCUAUCUAAUCUACCUCUCAACAACCAAUCAAAACCUCCCCUCCCCACCUCAAACAUGACCGCCCCAGACCCCGACUCCCCACACAUCACCAAAAUCCCCCUCGAAACCAUCUCCAAGCUCUCCCCCUUUUCCGGCCUCAUCCUCUCCAUAAUCCUGAUCCUCUACUUCCUCAUCCGCUACUACCUCUUCGAACCCCUUCUCCUCCCCUACCUCUACGGCUCCACCUUCACAAUCAUGCCCUCGGGCUCCGCCCUCCGCUCUGGCUUCAUCAACCACCACAUCGCCGGCCUCACAAAACUGCUGAUCCUAAUCCUCGCUGCUUAUCCCUUCAUCUCCGUCACUUUCCUCACAAGUUCUCUACAUUCCCCAUUUGCGCCAGGAAGCGAGACCACAAUGGGAGAUGUACUCAUCAUCGCCGCGCAAAUGUUAAUCGCAAUGUACAUAUUCGAGUUACUGUAUCGACCGAAAAUUAGUCCGGUGAGUGUAGGACAUCAUAUUGGGACUAUUUUGAUUGGGCAGAGUGCUAUUGCGAUAAGUUUGGAUUUGGUGAAGGAGAGGGAUGCCACGAUUGAGUUUAUUUUGUGUACGGUUUGGGGAGCCUUCGACAUCCUCUCCGAAUUCCUCCCCCACCUCACCAUCAUCCUCUACCGCUGCAAUCCCACUUCCCACACCUUCCUCCGCAAAAUCUUCCGCAUCGCAGCCAUCACCACCUUCACCGGUACAAUCGCCGAAACAAUCGUCACGAUGUUUCUCUUUGGGAGUUUGUGGAAUCGAUGGACAUUGGCUUUUAAAAUCUCAACGCCCUUGUUGCAUGUGGUGUUUAUGGCGGCGCAGUUGUGGGGGACGUGGAAUUUUGUGGGGUUGUAUAGACGUCAGGGGGUUUUGAUGAGGGAGAGGGAAAAGAGGGAUGUAGAAGAGGGGAGGGGGGUGGAUGUGGUGGGAGAGAGGGAUGGAGAGAGGAAUAUGAGUGAGAUGGAGAUGGAGAGACAGGGAGAGAGAGAAUCGGCUGGGAGAGGGAGAAAAGAAGGAAUUGCGGCGACGAGUUGGAGUCGGUUUCGAGGACUAAUUCGAGUUUAAUGGAGGGUAAUCUUUGCCUUUCUGACGACUGUGUGAUAUCUGUGCGAAAUACAUACCACAAAGACUAGGUGAUUGAGAAUAUGAUAUUGGGUGAAAGAUUGUGAGCGAGGGCAUUAGGGCGUUACGUCGAGCAUUUUGGUAUUGGGAUAUCGCAUAGCGUUUGGUAUGGAGUUGAAAGAUAUAAUGGAUGAGUGAGUCAAGUAGGAAUUUCCUGAGUCUCAUCAAUUGCACGUGUAUGAUAGAUAAUAGACAGGAAAAGACUAGUAUGAUAGACAGACAGAUAGAAGAAUUAUAGAACCUAUUGAUUAAGCUAGCUUGUUCGACCUACCUUCUAAAAGCUGUUAAGUGUGCGAAGAUAUGAUAUGUUGUGAGCCAGAGAACCUGCCAGCAGCUCCAGCAAACUCAAGACAAACACCAUAUAUAUCGCUCACUCUCGCACAUUGCGCGCCUCCCCUAAUCCCUCAUCCUCAUCCGCAUACCAAUCUCCAACCCUAUCAAACCGACAACCUCAUUUUAGAAACACCUUCAUAUCCAUCCUAUAAAGAAACCAAAUUAGUCUCGAUAUCUUCUAAAUCAUUCCAAGAAAAUUCAUCGUAAUGAGAAAGGAGCAAAAAAUAAAUCAGAAGCUGAACGCGUUCUCAGCAAUGACAACUUGUGUCUCUGAGUGAGCUGGGUAUAACGUAUGUGUUGAUCAUCAUUUUAUUUUUUGGGGGAUGGGGGAGAGAAGAGGGAUAGGAUGAGAUGGGGAGAGGAGAGGGUUGGAGAAAGAGGAGAGGAGAGAAGAGAGAACGUACGGUUUUGAUUGUGAUGGAGACUGAGGUUUGGCGUUUGGAAUUGGAGCUGUGGUUAGUUGUUGUAGUAUCUAUCUAUCGCGCGCAGAAUCUGCGGGAUUGGUGGGUGGAUGGUUGAAUGGUUGAAUGAUGUAGAGAGAUUUUGAUCAAUCAUUGAUCAUUCAUUAAUCGAAUGAUAAAGCAAGAGAGCAACAAACCACAAACAUCUUCAUCGCCAUGAUUGGGUAUGUACCUGGUAGGUAGGUUUGCCGGUAGAUGG